AUGCUCUGUAAACUAAUGCCAAUUGUCCCCUCCAAUCUCUGUCUCUGGCUGUGAGCAUGUCGCACGUGGGAGAAUCCAACAUUAAUUGAAACACGUGUCAUCUUGAAGCUGAGUGCAGAAUUGAGCUGGGAAAAACAAAUUAAACGGUUAAUUUCUUCAUCUUCUUCUUCUUCACCCAAUCUCUCAUCCAUUGAUCCGAUGGGACGCGGAGGAAAGCUAUUCCUGAUGGGUUUAUCAAUUUAUCUAUUUUCCACGGACGUUGCAAACCUCUUCACAACCUCACCUCCCAAACCCAGUAUCACCCAUUUUCAAGAUCAUGAUCUUCGUCACCCUCAUCGACCCCAUUACCAACCAAUCCUUAAAUUCCCCUCUCAGCAGGAGAAAUCCAGUAACAUUGGAGCAAUUGACAUGGAAAGCAAUAUCAUUAACAUUAACUUCUGCACUUCGUGUUCUUACAGAGGGAAUGCAGUAAAAACGAAGAAGGUGCUUGAAACAGCAUUUCCAGGGAUCAAUGUAGUUCUUGGAAACCAGCCUCCGGAGUUUAGAAAAGGGCUAGUGAGCAAAAUUGUACCAGUUGUUCAAGUAGCAAUUAUUGGGUUAACAUUAGGAGGUGAACAAAUUUUCCCAAGGAUGGGGAUUUCUUCACCUCCUCCUCUGUAUUACUCUUUGCGUGCUAAUAGAUUUAGAAGCAUUGCAACCACUUGGUUUUUGGGAAAUUUCCUCCAAACCUUCCUUCAAACUACUGGAGCAUUUGAAGUAUAUUAUAACGGUGAUCUGGUUUUCUCUAAGCUGAAGGAACAGAGAUUCCCCGGUGAAUUUGAAUUAAAGGAUCUUGUGGGAAAGAAGCUGACCAUUUCAAGAACUGUAAGUUGAUGCACUUAGAAGAGGAUUUUGGUUUUGGUCCUAAUUUAAUUUCCUGUAGGAGAUAAAAAUUGAAACUUGGAUUCCAUAGAUACCAAUUGUUCCAUAGGAAUGGUAUUGAUUUUGUAAUUUUACAAUUAACUUGGGGUGUGAUAUUUACCUUGUCUCUGA